AGGGGCCGCCUCCCGCCUCCCGGGGCCUGGAGCGCGCGUGGCCCGGAGCCGGCGGCGCGGCGCGGGGACUCAGUGUGCAGCGCCCGCGCCCGGACUCGGCUGGCUGGCUCGGCGCGCGGGCGGAGGAUGCUGGCGGGCUUCCCCGGCCUCGGCCCGCGCUCCCGCCGGGGACGGCCCCAAGCGCGCCCCUAGCCGCUGCCACCGCCGCCGCCGCCGCCGCCCCGGCCCGGGCCCCCCGAUCCGCAGCCCCGGGGGCGGGCGCGCUCGGCCGGCGCCCCCGGAUUUUCCAACCCGUGCAGCCGCCUUCCUCCCGCGACCGGGCGCCCCUGGAUGCUGAGCGGCCGCCCUGCGCCUUUCCCGGCCGGAUCCCGGGCCUGAUCGCCGUGGGGAGAGUCGCGCUCCGGUAGUGGGUAACCCCCGGGUGGGCUGAGCCCUCCCGCCCCGGCCCACCGCACGCGUGAUCCGGACCCCCAGCCUGCGCGUGGACCGACCCGUAGCACGCGGCUCCAGAGUUGCCGCACAGAUGAUCAGUGCCACCUGUGUCCUGGAAACCCACUCUGCGUUCCUGCCCCAGGUGGCCACCCUUCAGCCGCAGCCAACAAGAGGCUGUCAGCCCUCCGCAGGUCUCAGAGAGCCCUGUUAGGUGACCCGUUUGGGACUUCUUCCUCUGUUCCAGUCCCCUUCUCCAGGGCCAGUAGAAGCAGACACCAGCCAGGAUGCCGAGGAACCAGGGCUUCUCUGACCCAGAGUACUCGGCCGAGUACUCAGCCGAGUACUCGGUCAGCCUGCCCUCUGACCCUGACCGCGGGGUGGGCCGGACCCAUGAGAUCUCGGUCCGGAACUCUGGAUCCUGCCUGUGCUUGCCUCGCUUCAUGCGACUGACCUUUGUGCCAGAGUCCUUGGAGAACCUCUACCAGACCUACUUCAAAAGGCAGCGCCAUGAGACCCUGCUGGUGCUGGUGGUCUUCGCAGCCCUCUUCGACUGCUAUGUGGUGGUCAUGUGCGCUGUGGUCUUCUCCAGUGACAAGCUGGCGCCACUCGUCGUGGCUGGGAUUGGGCUGGUGUUGGACAUCAUCCUCUUCGUGCUGUGCAAGAAGGGACUGCUCCCGGACCGGGUCAGCCGGAAGGUGGUACCUUACCUGCUGUGGUUGCUAAUCACAGCACAGAUCUUUUCCUACCUGGGCCUGAACUUUGCCAGUGCGCAUGCGGCUAGUGACACGGUCGGCUGGCAGGCCUUCUUUGUCUUCUCCUUCUUCAUCACGCAGCCCCUCAGCCUCAGCCCUAUCGUGAUCAUCUCAGUGGUCUCCUGUGUGGUGCACACGCUGGUCUUGGGGGUCACUGUGGCUCAGCAGCAGCAGAAUGAGCUGCAGGGACUGCGGCUGCUGAGAGAGAUCCUGGCUAAUGUCUUCCUCUACCUGUGUGCCAUCAUCGUGGGCGUCAUGUCCUACUACAUGGCAGACCGCAAGCACCGCAAGGCCUUUCUGGAGGCCCGCCAGUCACUAGAGGUGAAGAUGAACCUGGAGGAGCAGAGCCAGCAACAGGAGAACCUCAUGCUUUCCAUCCUGCCAAAGCACGUGGCCGAUGAGAUGUUGAAGGACAUGAAGAAAGAUGAGAGCCAGAAGGACCAGCAGCAGUUCAACACCAUGUACAUGUACCGCCAUGAGAACGUGAGCAUCCUCUUCGCCGACAUAGUGGGCUUCACCCAGCUGUCCUCUGCCUGCAGUGCCCAGGAGCUUGUAAAGCUGCUCAACGAGCUCUUUGCCCGUUUUGACAAGCUGGCAGCCAAAUACCACCAGCUACGGAUCAAGAUCCUGGGCGACUGUUACUAUUGCAUCUGCGGCCUGCCUGACUACAGGGAGGACCACGCCGUGUGCUCCAUCCUUAUGGGGCUGGCCAUGGUGGAGGCCAUCUCGUACGUGCGGGAGAAGACCAAGACUGGGGUGGACAUGCGUGUGGGGGUGCACACGGGCACUGUGCUGGGUGGUGUCCUGGGACAGAAGCGCUGGCAGUAUGAUGUGUGGUCCACCGAUGUCACUGUGGCCAACAAGAUGGAAGCUGGUGGCAUCCCUGGGCGUGUGCACAUCUCCCAGAGCACCAUGGAUUGCCUGAAAGGGGAGUUUGACGUGGAGCCUGGCGAUGGCGGCAGCCGCUGCGAUUACCUAGAUGAGAAGGGCAUUGAAACCUACCUCAUCAUUGCCUCCAAGCCAGAGGUGAAGAAAACGGCCACCCAGAAUGGCCUCAAUGGUUCGGCCCUGCCAAAUGGAGCACCAACUUCCUCAAAGCCCAGCUCCCCUGCCCUUAUCGAGACCAAGGAGCCCAAUGGGAGUGCCCCAGCCAGAGGCUCCACUACGGACGAGCCCGAGGAGCAGGAGGUCCAGGCCGACAACCCUUCGUUCCCCAACCCCCGCCGCAGGCUGCGCCUCCAGGACCUGGCGGACCGCGUGGUGGACGCCUCUGAGGACGAGCAUGAGCUCAACCAGCUGCUCAAUGAGGCCCUGCUGGAGCGAGAGUCCGCCCAGGUGGUGAAGAAGAGGAACACCUUUGUCCUGACAAUGCGGUUCAUGGAUCCGGAGAUGGAAAUCCGCUACUCGGUGGAGAAGGAGAAGCAGAGCGGGGCCGCCUUCAGCUGCUCCUGCGUGGUCCUGCUCUGCACGGCCCUGGUCGAGAUCCUCAUCGAUCCCUGGCUGAUGACAAAUUAUGUGACAUUUGUGGUUGGGGAGAUUCUGCUCCUGAUCCUGACCAUCUGCUCGCUGGCUGCCAUCUUUCCCCGGGCCUUUCCUAAGAAGCUUGUGGCCUUUUCAUCUUGGAUCGACCGGACCCGCUGGGCCAGGAACACAUGGGCCAUGUUAGCCAUCUUCAUUCUCGUCAUGGUCAAUGUCGUGGACAUGCUUAGCUGUCUCCAGUACUACGCGGGAUCCUAUAACGGGACGGCAGGGAUGGAGCUGGAGGGCGACUGCCUGGAGAACCCCAAGUAUUACAACUACAUCGCUGUGCUGUCCCUCAUUGCCACCAUCAUGCUGGUGCAGGUCAGCCACAUGGUGAAGCUCACACUUAUGCUGCUUGUCACCGGCGCGGUGGCUGCCAUCAACCUCUAUGCCUGGUGCACCGUCUUUGAUGAAUACGACCGCAAACGCUUUCAGAAACAUGACCUUCCUAUGGUGGCCUUAGAGAAGAUGCAGGUAUUUCCCACCCCUGGGCUCAAUGGCACUGGCAGGCUGACCCUGGUGCCCUCUAAGUACUCCAUGACAGUGAUGAUGUUCAUCGUGAUGCUGAGCUUGUACUACUUCUCCCGCCACGUAGAAAAACUGGCACGGACACUAUUCUUGUGGAAGAUUGAGGUCCAUGACCAGAAGGAACGUGUCUAUGAGAUGCGACGCUGGAAUGAGGCCUUGGUCACCAACAUGUUGCCUGAGCACGUCGCACGCCAUUUCUUGGGAUCCAAGAAGAGAGAUGAGGAGCUGUACAGCCAGACUUACGAUGAGAUUGGAGUCAUGUUUGCCUCCCUGCCCAACUUUGCUGACUUCUACACGGAAGAGAGCAUCAAUAAUGGUGGCAUUGAAUGUCUGCGAUUCCUCAAUGAGAUCAUCUCUGAUUUUGACUCUCUCCUGGACAAUCCCAAAUUCCGUGUCAUCACCAAGAUCAAAACCAUUGGUAGCACCUAUAUGGCAGCUUCAGGUGUCACUCCAGAUGUCAACACCAAUGGCUUUACCAGCUCCAGCAAGGAGGAAAAGUCAGACAAGGAGCGCUGGCAGCACCUGGCCGACUUGGCAGACUUCGCGCUAGCCAUGAAGGAUACGCUUACAAACAUCAACAACCAGUCCUUCAACAACUUCAUGCUGCGCAUUGGCAUGAACAAAGGCGGGGUUCUGGCUGGGGUUAUUGGAGCCCGGAAACCACACUAUGACAUCUGGGGCAAUACAGUCAACGUUGCCAGCAGGAUGGAGUCCACAGGGGUCAUGGGCAACAUUCAGGUGGUGGAGGAGACGCAGAUCAUCCUCCGAGAGUAUGGCUUCCGCUUUGUGAGACGAGGUCCCAUCUUUGUGAAAGGGAAGGGGGAGCUAUUGACCUUUUUCUUGAAGGGGCGGGACAAGCCAGCUGCCUUCCCCAAUGGCUCCUCUGUCACACUACCCCACCAGGUGGUAGAUAACUCCUGAAUGGCCUUUGGCCACACAAUGGUUCACAUGAGAAGAGAGAAGUUAUUUUUGGAGGUGAAGAAAGGCUUUGGGAAAGGGUAAAUGACAAAGUCUCGACGGUUCCAAAUUGUUGAAGUGCAUAUUCCCAUAGACUUUAGGUUUAAAAAUCUCCUCAAGCCUGCCUUGUUCAUGAUAUGUGAGCUCCAAGGGUGGCCACACACUACUUAGUGUGCCUGUAGCUUCCUCAGAGUAGGGGUCUUAGGCGUAGUACUGGAACAGUCCUUCCAGAGCCCUAGCUCCAACUCGCCCUUCUUCCCCCAGAGAGGCCGUGGCCACUGUGAGCAGGAGUGCAGCAGAGGUAGAAUGAAGAUGCCUUUGCUGCUGGGCUGGGAGCAUGAGUGGGGGAGCACUGCUGAAGGGAGGGCUCAGCAGGGCAGGCACGGCUGGAGAACACUCCGCUCCUGGCUGGAGCUUGGCAUUGUGAAGAGCGCUCCUCUGGAGACGUGGCUGUCGCCACAGGGUCCCAGUUAGAUUAAACGGUCCUCAUCCUGCUGUUCCUGAUAAUCUUGAAAGGUUCUUCUGGAACCCCUGUCACCUUAGUCACGAGAACAGAAAGUGCAAUAUUUCCUUUCACCUGGAGGAGGGAGGGGGUUAUUUCUGAAAGAAAAAUAUAUAACAGAUCUUCUACAUUUAUAUUUUUAACCUGUUAAAAACACUUUCCAAUAUUGCCUUGCCUUUUGAGCUCUUGCUACAGUCGCCUUUGCUACUGCUUUAAAAGAGAAUUUACAGGUAUUGACAAAGAACAAGACUGUUUUAUUAAAAGCUUUACUCAACU